GUGAAGAAAGCAUGUACGUCACAUUCCUCAUGACUAAAAAACUAACUCAUCUAAAAUUCCAAAUUGUAUUACCAAACAGUUAAAGCUUCUAUAAAUAUUCGAUACACCAACAAAAGAAUUCCACAUUCAGCAGAUCAUCUUCAAAUUUAUCAGAUGCUGAAGGCAGUUUCGUUGUUGGUGGUGGUUCUAGUUGUUGGAGUGACGAUCUUCGACGGCGUCGAGAGCCGGAAAACGAAACGGAGGAUUCAAGAGUCUUUCGAUUACUCAGCCAUCAGCUGCAGAGCUCACACUGCAUCGAUACUUGAUUUUGGCGGAGUGGGAGAUGGCGCCACGCUCAACACCGGUGCCUUUCAGCAAGCGGUCGAUCAUCUCAGCCAAUAUGCAUCCGAGGGCGGAGCUCAGCUCGUAGUUCCGGCCGGGAAAUGGCUUACGGGGAGCUUCAACCUCACCAGCCAUUUCACUCUCUAUCUCCACAAAGAUGCUGUCCUUCUUGCCUCUCAGGAUAUAAAGUCGUGGCCGGUGGUGGAUCCUCUGCCGUCGUACGGCCAUGGAAGGGAUACGGCUGGUGGGAGGUAUAUCAGCCUUAUAUUUGGGACUAAUCUCACUGAUGUUGUUGUCACUGGUGAAAAUGGAACAAUUGAUGGGCAGGGUGAUCUGUGGUGGCAGCAGUUUCACAAGAAGAAGUUGAAAUACACUAGGCCUUAUCUCAUUGAAAUCAUGCAUUCAGACACAGUUCAGAUAUCCAAUCUCACUUUUCUCAAUUCUCCCUCAUGGAAUGUCCAUCCUGUCUAUAGCAGGAAUGUCAUCAUCCAAGGGAUCACAAUUCUUGCCCCUGUCACUUCUCCUAAUACAGAUGGGAUCAAUCCAGAUUCUUGCACCAACACAAGAAUUGAGGACACCUACAUCGUCUCCGGCGACGACUGCAUAGCGGUGAAGAGCGGGUGGGACGAGUACGGGAUCAGCUACGGCAUGCCCACCAAGCAGCUCGUCAUCCGCCGCCUCACCUGCAUCUCCCCCUACAGCGCCGCCAUCGCCCUCGGGAGCGAGAUGUCCGGCGGCAUCCAGGAUGUCAGGGCACAAGACAUCACAGCCAUCAACACAGAAUCCGGGGUCAGAAUCAAGACAGGAGUAGGCAGGGGAGGCUAUGUCAAAGAUAUAUAUGUAAAAGGCAUGACUCUGCACACAAUGAAAUGGGUUUUUUGGAUGACCGGAAACUACGGCUCCCACGCCGACAACCACUACGACCCCAACGCCCUACCGGAGAUCAAAGGGAUAAACUACCGCGACGUCAUUGCUGAAAAUGCCACAAUGGCAGCCCGCCUCGAAGGGAUCGCUGGUGAUCCCUUCACAGGCAUCUGCAUGUCCAACGUGACCAUCGGACUGGCGGCCAAGGCCAAGAAGUACCCGUGGACGUGCACAGACGUCGCUGGGGUUACUGGAGGCGUGGUGCCGCCGCCAUGCCAGCUCCUGCCAGCAGCAGGAGAAGGAGAAGGGAUGUGUGAUUUCCCUGCAGAAAAUCUACCUAUAGAUAAUGUAGAGCUACAGACAUGUUCAUAUUAGUGUCCUGUUUCCUUGUUUGCUUCAGACAAGAAUUAUUGUGUAAUGAAACAUGCAGUUAAACUAAAA